AUGGCGGAUAUGCGAGAGCACUACUGGAUCCCUAGGUGCCGACAGCUUGUGAAGAAAAUUCUGCACCAGUGUACAGCGUGCGCACGGCACAGAGCUAAACCAGCAACCGCACCCGUAGCACCACUUCCGGGAGACCGAGUAUCGCAAAGUGGACCAUUCGACGUGAUCGGGGUGGACUUUGCCGGGCCCUUGUACGUGAAGUCUGAGGAUGGAGAAGAUCAAAAGGCGUACAUCGCCCUAUUCACCUGUGCGGUUACUCGAGCCGUCCACCUCGAGUUGGUCUCCAGAAUGACGACACCAAGUUUUCUAUUAGCCUUUCGACGUUUCACAGCACGACGCGGCGUUCCUUCCGUAAUCUAUUCGGACAACGCUACGACCUUCAAGAAAGCAGAGAAGGAAAUUUGGAAGGCGUUGAAAGGCCAGGGUUUCCAGGACCACCUCGCCGAUCACAAGAUUCACUGGAAGUACAUAAUUGAACGGGCGUCGUGGUGGGGCGGCUUCUGGGAACGCCUGGUCAGAAGUGUGAAGACAGCCUUAAGGAAGACCCUCGGGAAAAACAGGCUCACCUUCGAGGAGCUGACGACCGUUCUGCACGGUGUCGAGGCGGUCAUUAACUCUCGACCCCUUACGUUUGUGAACGACAGCCCUGCUGACGAAGGACCGCUUACCCCGGCCCACUUCUUGGUGGGAAAAAGGACAACUUCGCUUCCACCACUGGACGUCGUACCUCCGAGACCAUCCACUGACACACGUAACCGGUGGUUGCUUCACCAGCAGAUGAUCGACAGCUUCUGGAGGCGGUGGCGGAACGAAUACCUCCUUCAACUGAGGUCUGCGCACCAGGUCCCAGCGGUUCACGGACGUAACUUGCUGCGAGUGGACGACUUGGUCAUCGUCCACAGUGAGCGGCUGCCACGACACAUGUGGAAGACUGGACGAAUAGUUGGACUAUUCUUCGGUAGAGACAAUAAUGUCCGCGCCUGUGCAGUGAAAAUGGGUGAUGGAACAGUACUACGAAGACCGGUCCAGUUGUUAUAUCCGCUAGAGAUUCGUUAG